CAUGAAACCGCCAACGAGAAAGGCCGGUUUUGCAACUGGCCGGCGCGGUGCAUGAGCCCGCAUGCUGGUGCAGCCCAAGCCGUUGGUUGCGCGUGGCGCAGCGCCAGCAGCCGUAGCCCGGCCAAAGAAGGCGCGGUCAAGCCUCCCAAGGCUCCCGUCGCACAAACCAGCAAAUCGCAAGAAGAAGUCGACCACGGCACGAUCACCGCCUGCGCCAUUGCCCGAAACGGUGCGCGAGAUGGCGACGCGGCUGCUCGCUGCGCCAGCCCAAGGCGACGACAGCUGCGGCAGCGCCAAGGUGCGCUUCAACCACUACAACAAGCCAUUUCCGAUCCACAACGGCGUGCUGCAGUGGAAGGACAUCGACGACGAGUACUGCUUCUCGUUCGUGUACCGCGGCGCCUACACACGCGACGUGCACACGCUCUUCACCAAGGUUGCCAUGCACCGCGAUGCAGCCGGCGACGUCUUUGUCGGGCUUGUCUGCACCGAGCAGUACGAAGUCGUCGUCGAGGAAGACCCUAUCGCCGGCGUCGGCGCCCCCGGACUUCGCAUCAGUGCCACGCCGUUCAUGGCGCCGUCGCACGAACCGCCAGUCCGCAGUGGCAACCGCGCGACCAAGCUGCUUACGGACGAGCUGCGCCACAUGGCGCCAUCCGAGCUCGGCUCGGAGAAGGCGCGGGAUCUCCUGCAGCGGCGGGACCUGGAAGACGUCCUGUAUACCUGAGCCAUCGCGUCGUAGGUUUAGCCACCAACAAAUACGAGCUAGUGUUCGCGUACUCGUA